UCUGUAAAGCUGAGGCUGAAUCAUGAGGAAUAUUAGAGAUCAAUGGGAGUGGUACCGACAUUGUGCAAUAUGAAGACUUCAUUUGCGUUCUUCUUGCCUGUGUGAAGUUAUAAUGCUGCUGCGCGCGGACCGUGCUGCUGUUCUCCAUGAAGUGAUCGAGCUCAGAUAAAGUUAUAUCGCAUACUGGACAUAAACAGGACAAACUCUCAUAACAAGAGCGUGAUUAGGUACCGGAGGAGAGAUGGGGAACGCAGGCAGUAUGAACCAACAAACAGACACCAGAGGACAUCACAUGCCCCUCAAACUGCCCAUGCCCGACCCGGGGGAACUGGAGGAGAGAUUUGCGCUCGUUUUGAACUCAAUGAAUCUGCCUCCAGACAAAGCAAGAUUACUACGACAGUAUGACAACGAGAAGAAAUGGGAACUCAUUUGUGACCAGGAACGAUUCCAGGUGAAGAAUCCUCCUCACACGUACAUACACAAGUUGCAGAGUUAUCUCGACCCAGCUGUGACACGGAAGAAGUUCAGGAGGCGGGUCCAGGAGUCAACACAGGUCCUGCGCGAGCUGGAAAUCUCAUUACGGACCAAUCACAUUGGGUGGGUGCGUGAGUUUCUGAAUGAAGAGAACAAGGGUUUGGACGUGUUGGUGGAGUAUCUGUCGUUUGCUCAGUAUGCGGUCACAUAUGAUGGUGACAGUUCUGAGAACAGCACAGAUAGCACCAUGGAUAAAUCGAAACCAUGGAGUCGAUCGAUUGAAGAUCUUCAUGGAGGAAAUGAACACACAUUGGCUGUUACAGGAAUCAACUCCAGAUCUGGCAGACAUUCAACUCUAAGGUGUAAUACAUUACCCAGCAGGAGAACACUGAAGAAUUCAAGAUUAGUGUGUAAGAAAGACGAUGUUCAUGUCUGUAUCAUGUGCCUACGAGCCAUCAUGAACUACCAGUAUGGCUUCAACAUGGUGAUGUCUCACCCACAUGCUGUGAAUGAAAUUGCACUAAGUCUAAACAAUAAAAAUCCCAGGACUAAAGCUCUGGUUCUUGAGCUGCUGGCUGCCGUGUGUUUGGUUCGAGGAGGCCAUGAGAUCAUUCUGUCUGCCUUUGAUCAUUUUCAAGAGGUUUGUUCAGAAGAGCAGCGGUUUGAGAGACUGAUGGAGUAUUUCAAGAAUGAGGAUAAUAACAUUGACUUCAUGGUUGCCUGUAUGCAGUUCAUAAACAUUGUGGUUCAUUCUGUGGAAGACAUGAAUUUUAGAGUGCACUUACAGUAUGACUUCACAACACUGGGCCUGGAUGAAUAUUUGGACAAGCUGAAGCACACAGAGAGUGAUAAACUGCACGUGCAGAUUCAAGCGUACCUGGAUAACGUGUUUGAUGUCGGGGCUCUUUUAGAGGAUGCAGAGACCAAGAACGCAGCGCUCGAGAGGGUGGAGGAACUCGAGGAGAAUUUUUCUCAUCUAACAGAGAAGUUACAAGACACAGAGAAUGAAGCGAUGUCAAAGAUUGUUGAGCUGGAGAAACAGCUCAUGCAGAAAAAUAAAGACCUGGAUUCAAUUCGGGAAGUGUAUAAAGAUGCCAACUCUCAGGUGAACACCCUGAGGCGGAUGGUGAAAGAAAAAGAUGAGGCCAUUCAAAGGCAGUGCAACCUGGAAAAGAAGAUCCAUGAGCUGGAGAAACAAGGAACCAUCAAAAUCCAUAAGAAAGGGGACGGGGACAUAGCCAUCCUGACAUCCCCUCCUAAUGGUCAUCUGCCCGGUUCAGGGGGUGUGGCUGGAAUGCCUAGUGAAGGCGUAGUCAUUCAAGGGGGUGUGGCUAACGGGGUGCCACAUGACAUGCCCAUGCCUGCACCUCCCCCACCCCCUCCUCCAAUGCCAGAAACAGUACCAAAUGGUCCGUCUGCUUCCCCAGCACCUCCACCUCCUCCGCCCCCUCCUCCUCUCCCAGGCCCUGCUGUGGAUAUAUUUGCCCCUAUGCCUCCACCUCCACCUCCCAUGGCCCCUCCGCUUCCUGGCUGCGGUUCACCUACUGUCAUCAUGAACUCAGGGUUGGCAGCUGUAAAGAUUAAGAAACCCAUCAAGACCAAAUUCCGUUUGCCGGUUUUUAACUGGGUGGCGCUGAAGCCGAACCAGAUCAACGGCACCGUGUUCAAUGAAAUCGAUGAUGAGAGAAUCCUGGAGGAUCUGAAUGUGGACGAAUUUGAAGAGAUAUUUAAGACGAAAGCACAGGGACCAGCCAUAGACGUCACCUCCAGCAAACAAAAGACCUCUCAGAAAGGAGCAAAUAAAGUUUCACUUCUGGAUUCAAACAGGUGUAAAAACCUGGCCAUUACAUUGAGAAAAGUGGGCAAGACGCCAGAGGAAAUCUGCAGAGCCAUUCAAAUGUUUGACCUGCGGACAUUGCCGGUGGAUUUCGUGGAGUGCCUGAUGAGGUUCAUUCCGACAGAAACUGAGCUAAAAGUUCUGCGGCAGUACGAGAAGGAACGCAAACCUCUGGAGAACCUGACGGAUGAGGAUCGCUUCAUGAUCCAGUUCAGCAAGAUAGAGCGCCUCAUGCAAAAGAUGACCAUCAUGGCAUUCCUGGGGAAUUUCGCCGAGAUCGUUCAGAUGCUCACCCCGCAACUUCACGCCAUCAUUGCAGCAUCUGUAUCUAUCAAGUCCUCCCAGAAACUCAAGAAGAUUCUGGAAAUUGUCUUGGCUCUGGGAAACUACAUGAACAGCAGUAAAAGGGGGGCGGUUUACGGCUUUAAACUGCAGAGUUUAGACCUGUUAUUAGACACCAAAUCAACCGACCGCAAGAUCACACUUCUGCACUAUAUUGCCAAUGUAGUGAAGGAAAGAUACCAGCAGGUGUCGCUCUUCUAUAAUGAGGUGCACUAUGUUGAGAAAGCAGCAGCAGUCUCGCUGGAGAAUGUGUUAUUGGAUGUGAAGGAGCUUCAGAGAGGCAUGGAUUUGACGAGAAGAGAGUAUAGCAUGCACGGCCACAAUACACUGCUUAAAGAUUUCAUACAGCAAAAUGAGAACAAACUGAAAAAACUUCAGGAUGAUGCUAAGAUUGCUCAGGACGCUUUUGAUGAGGCGGUCAAGUUCUUUGGUGAAAAUUCAAAAACGACACCACCGUCUGUGUUCUUCCCAGUGUUUGUGCGCUUUGUGAAGGCGUACAGGCAAGCAGAGGAGGAUAAUGAACAGAGGAAAAGACACGAGCAGAUGAUGAUGGAGAAACUGAUAGAGCAAGAGGCCAUGAUGGAACAAGAGGACCAGAAGUCUCCCUCUCAUAAGAAUAAACGGCAGCAGCAAGAUCUGAUCACUGAGCUGAGAAGAAAACAGGUGAAGGACAGUAGACAUGUGUAUGAGGGUAAAGACGGAGCCAUUGAGGACAUCAUCACAGCCUUAAAGAAGAAUAACAUAACUAAAUUUCCCAAUGUGCACUCGAGGGUAAGGAACUCUUCCAGUAGUACCUCAGUGGAUGCUACUCAGACCUGGCAAGCAUCUCUCUCUUUAUUUGUUUUAUCAUUCACAAAAUCUCCCUUCAUCACAUACCACUUUCUUUCAAAAAGUCCUGUACGUUCUAUCUCUCUAUCUGUCUAUCUUUUCUUUUAAACACACAUCAGGGCUGUUGAAGUCUGACGCUUCUGUGACCUGGAACACACAGACUCUUCCUGCGUUAGUCUCAUCUUUAACCGAUUCACACUUCGAGAUAUUUGACUCUUCAUCUGUGCCAUUUAGAACUAGAAUUGGGCCUCAAAAUGUUUUUACACACUUAAGUCAAACUUGAGACACUUAAGGGAUAAUUCACCUUAAGAUGAACAUUGUGAUAUCAUUUACUCACCCUCGUGUCAUUCCAAACUUGUAUGACUUUCGUACUUCUGCAAAACACAAAAGACAUUUUAUAUAAUGUUCAUAACCAAAUAACACUGGAGACCAUUGACUUUAAUGGAAGGCCAUAUUUAAAUAAAUAAAAAAAUGAGAGAAUUUGCAUUUUUGUUUGAAUUAUUGAGAGUUAAGACGAUUAAGAAAAAUUACGUAGUUUUCAGAAAAGUCAAAUGGUUGAUGUGUUUUAUCUUAUUAAAAAAAAUACUUUUAAGGGGUGCUUAGGAGUGCAAAUGGACUUUUGGGGCCAAUUUACUGUAGAUUCCUGUAGUUUCAAAUGAACAUUUGGAUUUCCUUUUUUUCUCAUCAGAAACGUGUUUCUUUUAUGAUGUAGGUGUGAAGAUGAAAUACGACUGUAAAUAUUAUAGAAUCUCAAGCUGCUUUGCCCAGUUGACCACCAGCAUGUCCAGAGUAUGCGAGCAGAUAUUUGAACUGACGUCUUUUGUUCCUACUGUGUCAGAUCUAAGAAACCAGCCUUACAGGCGAGCUGAUGCCGUCAGGAGGAGCGUUCGGAGACGGUUUGAUGAUCAGAACUUGCGGCCAAUCAACGGUCCAGAGAUGGUCAUGUGACGAGGACAGAGUGAAUGUGAUUGGAUGGGCAAGAGGAGCUCUACCGCUUCUGAGGACAAUAAUGGGUGGGAUAUGGAAAUCAGAGCAACUUUUUGCAAUUCAAGUGCCUAAUUUGAUCACCGUCUGUCUGAUCAGGUUUUGGAUCAUCUGUGUCUUUUUAUUCGCACGCAGUAUCUUGAGCUGUCCUUUAUACAGAACAGCUGAUGGUCUGUGUUUUAAUGGAAACACUGUCUAACCAGACUUCACCAGGAUAUAUUUCAAAGCACGACACCUUAAAAUCAAAGCAUGGGACAAGAUGCUUAAAUAAAAACGGCAGGACAAGACGGAGCAUCCGGAGAUGUCCAUGUACACAAGUCAAGUGUAAUAGACAACUUGUCGUUUGUUUUGCUCAUUCCUAAUCAGAACAUGUUUAAAGCACUUUUAUACGUCCUGAACAUGAUGGAGAGGCUAAGAGACACAGAUUUAAAAGGCAGUGAAGAGGGAGUCCAGUCAAGUUGAAUAUGGUGAAGAAAAGAAAAGAUUGACGGGAACAGGCUCUGUGUUCUUGAAGGACUUUAAAAAUGUGAUGGAAAAUGAUGCGCAAGGAAAGUUAAAUGUAGGUUUUGGUCAUCAAACAAACAUGAAGCGUUAAUACGAGAGUAGUCUGAUGAAAUCACUAACAUUGUCUUUGGGGUUAUCAGCAGAUCAUUUGUAUAGAAUCCUCAUAUGAAUAUCAUUGGCGAUUGAUAACCACAAGUUAUUGAUCGUCUAAGAGUUUAACUUCAGUUCGACCCAAAAAUUAUUUGAAUGAGUUUAAGGCACUUGACAUUGCUUAGUGCAUUAAAGGAGGGGUGUCAGAUUUCCGCUUGUUUAGACAAAGUCGGGCUGAGUACAUCAACAACCUUGUAGCCACUCAGCAGAAAGGUGCACAGCCGAGUGUUGACGAAAGCAAAAGAUGGGGUAGAGGUGUGUUUGUUUCGGUGGUUUGAACGACAACAACGGCUAAGAGAAAUCGAACAACCCGCCUUGUGGAUCGAAAAUACCGACUGCAAAUUUGGCCCACUUGAUUCAUACACGUUUAUGUUUCUUAAACGUAUGUGAACUGGACUUAUUCUGAUAACAGGGACCACCAAGCCCACUUGUAUUUGGUGUAAUGUUCUAUGAUGACCUGUUGUAGGCACCAUGUUCUAAUUGUAUUUAAGUGCAAACAAAUACAUUCAACAACAACCCAUUUGUAUAUGUACAGGUAUUUUGCUACAAAACAGUUGCAUCUUUUUUACACUUUUUACUCUAAUAUUGUAAAUAUUGUUUAAAAACAAAAAAUCAUUCUACAUCUUUUGAAUAUUUUAACUUAUAGUUUCUCCUUCUCGGCAUUUUGUUUAUUUAAUAAAACUGAAAUUCUUAAUAGGGCCGUUUAAGCGUGUAACAGAAGAGCAUGCUGUAAUGCUAAGAAACUAGAUUUUACAUGUCAUUCUAAACUAAAACAUCUCAUCAGAGAACAACAAUGUAUAAUUAUUAUUGUAAAUGAUUUUUUUUAUAUCUCUCUACAUUCCACUCUUAAAAACUGGAAUAAACUGGCAAGUUACUGUAUCUUAGACAUUAUAUGCUUACUACAGGGCUGAUGUCAUACAUUUAAAAUUAGCUAAAUGAUUUCUCGAUGUUCAAUGAAAUAAACUAUUUACACAACU